AUGCCAGGCAGCAAGAUCCGUCCCGUCGACCGACUAGCCCAGGCCGUCGCUAAAUGCGGUGCAGAGUCCACAGCAUACGGGAAAUGCAUUGUCAAAGACUUCAAUAACGUCUACAAAGACAAAUGUCUUGCUGAGUUCCAGGUCCUCCAGAAUUGCGUUUUGGUAUGUCUCACUUUUCUAUGCAUUUAG